AGGGAUGGACUGUUAAAAGAUAAAAAGAGAAUCCAACUGCUCUGCACUUGGUAGAAGGGGAAGCACCGCAGCGCAUUGGAAGAUGUUGCAGAAUACCGAUUUAUCUAAAGUGUCUUCUUCUAUGGCUUCAUCUGCAUUUAAGCGAUCGGAUUCUAUAGCUGAUAGUAUGCCUGAGGCUUUGAGGCAGAGUCGGUAUCAUAUGAAACGAUGUUUUGCCAGAUAUAUUGCAAAGGGGAAAAGGCUAAUGAAAUUGCAAAACUUGAUGGAUGAAAUGGAGAAAUCUAUAGACGAUAAGCUUGAACGGACACAAGUUUUGGAAGGCUUACUUGGUUACAUACUUUGUUCAACUCAGGAGGCAGCCGUGGUUCCUCCAUAUGUCGCGUUUGCAGUUAGACCGAACCCAGGUUUCUGGGAAUUCGUUAAAGUUAAUUCUGAUGAUCUAGCUGUAGAGGGAAUAACCGCUGGAGAGUUUCUGAAAUUCAAGGAAAUGAUAUUCGACGAGAAAUGGGCGAAAAAUGAAAGUGCAUUGGAAGUGGAUUUUGGAGCAUUCGAUUUCUCAAUGCCCACUGUCACCUUAUCAUCUUCAAUUGGAAACGGAGUCCAUUAUGUCUCCAAGUUCAUGUCAUCAAAACUGAGUGGGAAUUCCGAGACAGCAAAGCCUUUGCUAGACUACUUGAUUGCUCUUAAUCAUCAAGGAGAGAAACUAAUGAUCAACGAGAAUCUCAAUACUGUAACCAAGCUCGAGACUGCGUUGGUCGUAGCUGAAGUAUUCGUUUCUGCACUCCCCAGUGAAACUCCUUAUCAUAAAUUCGAACAAAGGUUUCUUGAGUGGGGUUUCGAGAAAGGCUGGGGUGAAACCGCAGAAACCGUUAAAGAGACAAUGGAAUCACUUUCAGAGAUCCUACAAGCACCAGACCCUGUAAACAUGGAGAAGUUCUUCAGCAGGGUUCCCACAAUAUUCAACAUUGUAAUCUUCUCUCCCCAUGGAUAUUUUGGACAAGCUGACGUUCUUGGAUUGCCUGAUACUGGUGGACAGGUUGUCUACAUUUUGGACCAAGUUAGAGCAAUGGAAGAGGAACUGCUCUUUAGAAUCAAAAGGCAAGGAUUGACUGUGAAGCCCCAAAUUGUUGUGGUAACAAGAUUAAUACCAGAUGCUAAAGGAACCAAAUGCAACCAAGAGUUGGAACCCAUUCUUGAUACCAAACAUUCUCACAUCCUCCGUGUUCCAUUUAGAACAGAAAAUGGAGUUGUAAGGCAAUGGAUUUCUCGUUUUGAUAUCUAUCCUUACCUUGAAAGAUUUACUCAGGAUGCAACUGCCAAGAUCCUUGACCACUUGGAAGGAAAACCAGACCUCAUAAUCGGGAACUACACUGACGGAAAUCUAGUAGCAUCUUUAAUGGCAAGCAAGCUAGGGAUAACUCAGGGAACUAUCGCACAUGCUCUGGAAAAAACCAAGUACGAAGACUCUGAUGUGAAAUGGAAGGAACUAGACCCAAAGUAUCACUUUUCAUGCCAAUUCACAGCAGACAUGAUUGCAAUGAAUAGCACGGAUUUUAUCAUCACAAGCACAUAUCAAGAAAUUGCAGGAAGCAAGGAAAGGCCAGGACAAUAUGAAAAGCAUACUGCAUUCACAAUGCCAGGGCUUUGCCGAGUAGUUUCUGGCAUCAAUGUAUUUGAUCCCAAGUUCAACAUUGCUGCUCCUGGGGCUGAUCAAUCCGUCUAUUUUCCCUACACACAAAAACAAAAGAGGCUUGCGGCAUUUCAUCCAGCCAUCGAAGAACUGCUUUACAGUAAAGAAGAAAACAGUGAACACAUUGGAUUUCUUGCAGACAAGAGAAAACCCAUCAUAUUCUCGAUGGCUAGACUCGACACAGUGAAGAACAUUACAGGAUUAACCGAAUGGUAUGGAAAGAACAAGAGGCUAAGGAAUUUGGUUAACCUAGUCAUUGUUGCUGGAUUCUUCGACCCUACAAAAUCCAAGGACAGAGAAGAAAUUGCUGAAAUAAAGAAGAUGCAUUCUAUCAUCGAGAAGUAUCAACUGAAAGGUCAAGUGAGAUGGAUAGCGGCUCAGAAUGAUAGAGUCCGCAAUGGCGAGCUUUACCGUUGUAUUGCUGACACAAAGGGAGCCUUUGUACAACCUGCCCUGUAUGAAGCAUUUGGACUUACAGUUAUUGAAGCAAUGAACUGUGGAUUAGUAACAAUUGCAACUAACCAAGGAGGGCCUGCUGAAAUCAUUGUCGAUGGAGUGUCAGGAAUCCAUAUUGAUCCCAAUAACGGAGAUGAGUCGAGCAAUAAGAUAGCUGAUUUCUUUGAGAAAUGCAAGGAGGAUCCUGAAUACUGGAAUAGGAUGUCCACAGCAGGUCUUAAACGGAUAUACGAAUGCUAUACAUGGAAAAUUUACGCAAACAAAGUGUUGAACAUGGGAUCAAUCUAUGGAUUCUGGAAGCAAUUGAACAAGGAUCAAAAGCAAGCAAAACAAAGAUACCUUCAGAUGUUUUACAAUCUCCAGUUCAAGAAUUUGGCAAAGAAUGUAACCAUUGCAAGCAACGUGCCUCAACUGCCACAAGCUCCCACACCGGAAGUAAAAGCUCUUCCACCAGCCAGGAGAACACAAUCCCUAUACCAGAGGAUGUUCGGUUAAAUUGCCAAUGGUCUUAGGAUCCUUCCAUGCUUCGACUCAAAAGAGCCUUAAAAAUUCGCAGGCACGAAGAUGAAGAAGUAAAAAGUGUGGAAGAGUCUACUAAAAAGGUUGGACAGACAAAGGUGGUUGAAGAGAUUAAGAAGGUCAGCUCGCUAAGCACUGUUCGCGGAAAUCGUUCGUCUUCAAACUGGUUGGUGUGUGUCGUGUUUCUUAGUGGUUUUAUUCUAUACCAUUACCUCGUAAAGAAAUUGAAUUAUUAUGUAUAGAAAGAAUUUAUCGGUUUGAUUAUACAAAAGAGCAAACCAAAUAAGCUCAUAUAUUGGAUGGAAUUCGAUAAUAAUAAAAUAAUAAAAGGUCAUUGUUUUUAUA